AUGUCUCGAGUUGCGACACUAGCACUCGCCGUGCUGCCAGCAGCUCUGGCUAUUGAGCGCCCCGAUGGCGUUGGAAAACUACCAGCCUUGGGCUGGAAUUCAUGGAAUGCCUACUUCUGCGACGUGGACGAGGCGAAGAUUCUGCAAGCUGCCAAUGCAAUGGUUGACCUCGGUUUCAAAAAUGCUGGCUACGAAUACGUUGUCCUUGACGACUGUUGGGCAGUCAAAGAAGGUCGUGAUCCUGUCACGAAUCGAAUAAUGCCAGAUCUCAACAAAUUUCCGGACGGAAUGAAAGGACUUGCAGACAAGGUGCAUGCACUCGGAUUCAAGUAUGGCAUGUACUCCAGUGCAGGGACUCAGACUUGUGCUAGCUAUCCUGCAUCCUUGGGAAACGAACUUCUCGAUGCUGAGACGUUUGCUGAGUGGGGUGUUGAUUACUUAAAAUACGACAAUUGCUAUCCCACAGCUGAGUCCCUCGACGACUGCGUCGCCUGUAACGCCGAUCCGAAUUUCGACAGUAUUGGCAAAGUCAACGGCACUUGCACUGCUGAGACACCACAGACCAGAUUCUACCAGUGGCCGGAGACUAGGCCUUUUUGUGCCAAUGAAUUUCCCGAGGACGGGGUAGAUUACUCUACAAGCAAGACUGCAGGAAGAUACAACGCGAUGCGAGAUGCUCUGGCACAGCAGAAUCGAACCAUUCUUUACAGCUUGUGCAACUGGGGUCAAAAUCAGGUAUGGACCUGGGGUAAUGAGACUGGUAGCUCUUGGAGAACUACCAACGAUAUCGGUUUCGGCAAUCCCGACUGGAAUCGUGUCACUGAGAUCCUGAACGUGAACUCGUUCCUUUCGGACUACACCGAUUUCUGGGGUCGUAAUGAUCCAGACAUGCUCGAGAUUGGCAACGGCUUCUCUUCCGCCGAGGAACGUACUCACUUCGCUCUAUGGGCCAUCAUCAAAGGUCCUCUCCUCAUCGGUACCGACAUCACGAAACUCACCCGCGAGCAGAUCGGCUUGCUACAGAAUUCUUACCUGCUGGACUUCAACCAAGAUCCAGUUGUUGGUAAGCCGGCGAAGCCAUACAAGUGGGGCAUCAAUCCCGAUUGGACUUUCAACAGCACUGUGCCUGCAAUGUUCUGGUCUGGUGCGUCAAGCAAGGGAACGAUUGUUGCAACGUAUAAUGCUCUGACGACGAAUAUGGAAAUGGAGGCUGUUUGGGCCGAGGUGCCGGAGCUUAGCGGUGAGAGGUACAACGUUGUUGAUGUGUGGACUGGAGAGGAUCUGGGAUGUAGGGAGGGAGGUGUUACAAAGGAUCUGGUGGGACAUGAUACAGCAGUUUACCUCAUUACUGGAGAGUGCUAG